GAAGGAUAUGUCUGGGUGAAUGUUGCUGAUAGCAAAGCAGAGUGAAGGAAAGCUACCUCAGAUGCAUCAGAAGACUGAGACAAGAAUGGACCAAUCAAAGCCACACCCGGAGGUGAUCCACUACAGCAACGAGGAGCAGUCGUCCCGCCUCCUGCUUCAGCUGAACCGCCUCAGACAGGAGAGGAUCCUCACUGACGUGCUCCUCUGUUCAGAUAACACAGAGAUCCCCUGCCACCGCAACGUUCUGGCCUCCAGCAGUCCUUACUUCACGGCCAUGUUCUGUCACGACUUCAGAGAAAGCCACCAGGAGAAGGUGGAUCUGAAGGGGAUCACCUCCAGCAUCCUGAGUGACAUUGUGGACUACGUCUACACAGGGGUCAUCACCAUCACCAUGGAGACGGUGCUGCCCCUGAUGCAGGCUGUCUCCAUGCUGCAGUACACCGGGCUGUUCGAGGCCUGCUCCUCUUUCCUGCAGGAGCAGCUGAGCCCAGACAACUGCCUCAGCAUGAUCCGGCUGUCAGAGAUAUUACACUGCGGCAGCCUGAAGGAGAAGGCCAGGGAGAUGGCGGUACAGAGCUUCUCUGACGUCUCUACCUCUGAGGACUUGUGUGAGCUCUCCUUACCUGAGCUGAUGAGUUACCUGGAGGAUGACCGGCUGUGUGCCGAGGAGGAGCAGGUGUUCGAGACGUUGCUGGCGUGGAUCCACCACGACCCGUUCUCCCGGCGCGGCGCCAUCUCCGACCUCUUCAAGAAGGUGCGUCUGCGCUACGUCCACCCCACCUACCUGUUCCAGUUCAUCGCCAGCGACCCCCUCAUCCAGUCCUCCACCCUCUGCACCGAGGUCAUCGAGUCCGUCCGACGCCUCAUGUUCUCCAUCACUACUAAGUGUGGGUCGGACCUCAAGCCCCUGUGGGUGACCCCACGGCGUUACACCUGCCGGGAGACCCUGGUUCUAGUCGGCGGCCGCAAGAACAACGAGCAGACGUCCCGCGAAGCGCUCCUGUUCGACGAGAGGACUCAGCGCUGGCAGUGGUUGGCCAAGCUGCCCCUGCGGCUCUACAAGGCCUCCUACGUCUGUAUCCACAGCAUCCUGUAUGUCCUGGGAGGCCUCACCAUGAACACCAAGCACAGAGUGGUUAGCACCACUGUCUAUACGUUAUCUCUGAAGACCAACCAGUGGAGGACGGCUGAGCCCAUGAUCCAGCCUCGCUUCGCCCACCAGUCUGUCUCCUACCUGCACUUUAUCUUCGUCCUGGGGGGCCUGGGGCCAGAGAAGCAGGUGUGUGACACGGUGGAGAGAUACAAUAGUAUGUUCAACCAAUGGGAGGCUAUGGUUCCCAUGCCGACGGCUGUGCUACACCCGGCGGUCGCCGCUAAUGAUCAAAGAAUCUACCUGUUCGGGGGAGAGGACGCGAUGCAGAACCCUGUCAGGAUGAUACAGGUUUAUCACAUUGGCAGGAAUAUGUGGUCCAUGAUGGAGACCAGGACAGUGAAGAACGUUUCUGCACCAGCAGCUGUCAUUGAUGACAAGAUCUACAUUAUCGGAGGCUAUACCAGAAGAAUGAUAGCGUACGACACCAAAGCCAACCGGUUUCUGAAGUGUGAGAAUAUGAAGGCGAGGAGAAUGCACCAUGCUGCCACGGUGUUCAACAACAAACUGUACGUGACCGGAGGACGCUUCAUCAACGGACAUGACGUCAUAGAGGACUCUGACAGCUUCGAGUGCUAUGACCCAAAGACUGACACAUGGACAACCAAGGGGACACUGCCAUACAAGCUGUUUGACCACGGUUCUCUAUCCCUGGUGUGUGUCUCCAACAAACCCAACCCUCCCUGAGUGUGUGUUGUGGGUGGGUGUCACUCCCUAUGCUUCGAUGUGACACUGACAGACACGGAUGUUGCGAAGAACAUCUCUGACGUCCUUCCCUGUCCCACAAACACUCACCCCCAAAAAAAUAAUCCCUUCGAUGGGUGACAGUAUUUCCAGCAGCGAAUCUUUAAAUCAAAUGAGAUUUUAGAGACGCUACUUGUCAUAAUGGAAGCGAAGCCCUGGGCAGUUAAUUGUUGUGUCGAACUAUAGGCUAUAUGAAGGCUACAGUACAUGAUGCCCAACUGUUUAGUUACCAGACUUUAUGGAUUUGCAUAAAGUCGUCAACAUAAGGGAAUUUCGUAUUUUUUUCACCCAACUUUUA